AUGCUGCAGGUGCUGACGGCUGAGAACGCCGGCUUCACCUGCUCGGCAGCCCAAAGCGGUGAGCGCACCAGCGAGGGACGAGGCCCCAGCCUGACACACAUCAAACCUCCACCCGAGGGCUCUGGGGAGGGGCCCGCCUGGCGCCGUGGCCGGGGCUCCGCGUGGGCCCGGGUCAGAGCGGCGCACGGGGCUGUGCACAUGAACGAGAGGCCGCUGGCAGACGUCUCACGACCAGCCCACGGGGAGGCGUUAUUCCUGCUGCCAGGCCCGGUCCCGCUGGCCAACCACAUGGCCCGGCUCCGGGGAGAGGGGGCGGCGGAGGAAACCCACCGGGACCGACUCUUCGUCCUGAAAGGGAAAACCCUAAAGGCCAGUGACAGCUUCCCACCGGACCAGGAGCUAGAAGGUGGAGCUGCUCAGAACCGGAACGGUCGGUGGACUCUUCCAGAGGCCAAGAUGGAGGAAAAUUCCAGAAACUACACCGAGGGCUCUACCCGGGAGGACGGACUGGGCCGACAAAGCAAAGAGAGGCGGUGGGGGAGAGGACUGACCGACAGCUCUACCCGGAAGGGACCCACAGACGUGAAGUGCGUAAAGGGCCAGACGCGGCGGACACGCGUGACCACGCUGGGCCGCCCAGGCAAACCCGCCCCAGACCACGCCUGCGCGCAGCUGGACAAACAGAAACAGGCCGCACACGUGCGGAUCCGCAAAUGCGCGCGCACGGGCACGGCCGGGCACGCGCGGGCGCCGAUCGCAGCCGCGGGCGGCGGGCGCCCCCUGGUGGGCUCGGGCCGCGGUGCGGGCCCCGCUGAGCCUCCGGCCCGGUCCCGCGCGGACGCCGAAGGCUGGGGGUCCGGGCGAGAACCGCCCCGAGGGCGUUCGGACGGGGUUCGGACGGGCUGCCGGCUCCGGCCCCCAUUUCCUUCCUCCCGGUCGGACCUCUCGGCCCCUCCUGCGGGCGCCCGCGAGCCCGGUCCGGGGGAGUCUAGCCCGUCCGCUGUCCCCCCACCCAGGGGUCUCCCAGGGGUCCCCCGGGGCAGGGUGGGCUCCGCGGGCGGGGGCUCCAAGGAGGACCCGCGGCCUCGCCCGGGGGCGCCGCCAGGUGGCAGCACGAGCCCGACGGCGCGCCCCGGCCUGGGCCCCGCCCCGACGGCCCUCCGCGCCCUGCGCUGUCCCGGUCCCCGCCUGUCGGGUCAGUUUCCCCGCUUCGCGAUGGGGACGUGGAGGCGACCGGGUGACGCAUGCGUGGUGCAGGUGGCACGAGGGCCUCUCGGAGAGGGGACGUCGCGGGAAAGGGAGCGGCGUGCGUCGGCCCGGAGGCUGGUGGUGGGAGCCCGGGGGGAGCUGCAGGGCCUGGGGCGCGCCGGGAGCCCGGGUGGCCGGAACUGGGGCGCAGCUCGCGGCGGGGGCCGACGGCGGCCCUGGGUUUCUGGCCUGAAGCGCGAGUCCUGGGGUUUAAGACACAGUCGGAUCCUCAACUUUCCAGGCAGGGAGCUCAGAAACGGAGGCCCGGAGGGUGUCAAGAAUUUGCAUGAGGCCACAACGAGGCGAGAAGGAAUGAGGAAUUUGAACCCAGGCCCCAAGACCCACACCUGCUCUCCAGCGGGCGCCCCCUGCUCCCAGGCCACAGUCUCCACGAGACCCGCGCCGCUUCCCGCGGGCGCGCAGGAAGACGAGCCGCGCGGUCCGCGAGCGGGCGGCGGCGGAGGGAUCCGCGGCGGCGCCGAAGAUGAGGCAGCGGCGGCGGCCGCGGGCGUAGCGGGCCGGACCGAGCCCAGCGACGCGGGCGGCGGGCAGCGCGAGCUCCGCACACGCCGCCUCCGCCAGCGCCCCGGCCGCGCACGGGCCCCGCGGGGCGGGCCGCGGGGGGAGGGCCGGGCCACGCGCCGCCGCCGCCGCCCACGCGCGACCCUCGGGGGCCCGGCGCGAAGCCCCUUUGUCCGGGGGGGCCCGUUCAUGCCGCCGCCCCCCGCGCGCUGCGGGCCCGGCCGCGCCGAGCAGCGCGGCCCCGGGCGGCGGCGGCGGCGGGCCGGCUUCAAAGGCUCCCGGGCCGCCGCCUGCACCGGCCAAGGCGGGCGGGGGGCGGGGGGGGCCCGGGGCGGCCGCUCGCAGCGCCGCCCCCUCCUUCCGCGGCGGGCGCCGGCCCGGGAGCCCCGCGACGGCCCCACGUCCCCCCCCCCCGCCCGCCUCGGGCCGCCUCGGCGUCGGUCUCGGCCGCCCCGCCAGAAAGUGCGGUUCCGGGCCCGACGAAGUCAGCUUCGCCCGCCCGCCGGGGGAGGGGCGCUGGGCCGGCCGCGUCCCCCGCCCCGGGCUGGCCGAACGAGCGGGGGCUCCUCGGGCUGGGCUCUGGGUCCCCCCGCGCCCCGCAGCCCCCGCGUGGAGGGGGCCGCCGCCGCCGCGGAGCCCGGGGCCCCGGCCGGAGGGUGCGCGCUCGGCCGCGCUCCGCCUCCCCGGGGGAAGGGGCGGCAGGGCCGUCUCUAG